UCAGAGAAAAGCGACCCAUGGAAGGUGUCCUGCCAAAUAAUUCAGAGAUUUUCCACAGAAAUUCCAGUUUUCUGUCUGGAUAUGGAUGAGCUCUGAGAAGAAAAAGAGAGUUUUUCCUGGAAGGAAGUCAAUUGGUGUGCACAUUGCCUGUGCUGUCUUCCUGACCCAGAGGCCUUGUACCUGGUGUAUGCAUAAUUAAGACUCCAUAGACCUAGGAGGCCCAAAGAGAGUGGGCACAUGAGCAUUGCCCCCUGUAGGUCCAAGGAAGAGCUUUAUGGUCCUAAACUAAGGAAAUGUCCAGAAUAAUGCAGAGGGCUCCUGUGUCUCCGGAGCAUCUUCCGCUGCCAGCAAGCCACAGCUGUGCGUCUGACAAGGCCAGCUGGCUCCCAGAAGGCAGAGUGUUCAGCAACGUUCAGAGAGAGAAGAUCAUCUCCAGGUUUCUCAAAGGAAGCGUCCUAAAGAGAGUGUUUGGCUCGCAGCAGCUGAGGUGGGAGGGCCCUAAUUGCCAGAAAGUGGAUCCCAGCUCCACGUGUCCUAGCUCCAGCAAGAAGGCCGAGGCCCAGCCGGCGCCCGCUGAGCUGUUGGUGCAGCACGAGGAGUCCGUGCCCAGGGCUGGAGGCGAGGAAGACGACGCAGGCCAGGACACGUGGGUCGUCGAGGCGGACGAGACUUCAUCGGGACAGAAGAGCAGCUCCAACAAAAUGGGAAAGAAGAACGAAGAGAACUGUGGCACCAACCUGAACGCCUCAAGCAUCUCUCAGGAGAAUCUCUCUCCGUGGAACUUGGAUUCGGAAGAACCCCUUGCUGAAAAUGAAAGCCUUUCGCCUGGAAAGGAUGGUGCGGCAGGCAAAACUAACAAGAACCAUCUGGAAACUCCAGCAGAACAGCUGGUGUUGCAGCUGACCCUAUCGGAGCAUGCUCACAGAACAACACAGCAGAACAGUAACCAAGGGGUAUUUCAGCUAUGGAAUUCUCCUGUCAAUAAAGGAAGUUCCAGGGAUAACAGGGAAUUCAAAAAAUCUUCCAUGGAAACUGGCUUCAAUGCAGCCAACAGUCCCAGGCUCUUUACUCUAAACCACUCAUUAACAAGCAUUCCAGGUUUGACAGACAUCAAGCAAGUGAGUCCUUAUCCUGGCCAGUCGGUGUCAACAGGUCUCUGCUGGCCCUAUGCUGACGGAGACUUUCUUAAGGACAGAAAUGAGAACUGGAAUUUCAAAUACAGAAAUGGCAGUAUGGAAGACAAUGUCACAGAUGAAAGUGACUUAUCAGAAAAUGAGAAAAUGAAUGACUCUUUGCUCAGCUAUUUUAAAAAGAUGGACCUGAACUUAAAGCCGGAAACAAUAGAACACGUGGAGAGGUCUUUCACAGAGGAAGCAAGCGGAGUGUCUGUAUAUGCUGAUUUUCUCCCCGCCCCUUUCAACACUCUGGAUUUGCACAGAUUUGCCCUCUCAAAAGGUGAAACAUGGAAGACAGUAGUAGACCCUCCGGAAAGCUCCAUUGAGCGGUUAAUAAUUCGUUUAUUGGAACUGGAAAGAUUACAACAUAUGACCAUACAAAAAGAGAAGCCAAGGAUACAAAGCAGUUUCUCAGUGUUUUCAAUGGCAGAACGACCUUCUUCCUCUAAAGCCAUUGCACUGAAAACCAGACCACCAAAACUUCCUGACACAGUGACUCUGCAGACCUCCAGUGUAGAUAAGAGUCGAGACAAGAGAAAAAACAAUUCCUGUUCUGGAAAGUCAGAACAAAGUGUUUCCAAAUGUAACUGGAACAGUGCUGGCAAAUGUAAGUUGAACUCUAGACCAUUGCUAAAAUGUUCAUCCACUGCCAAACAGAGCGUUGCUGCUCACGAUGACUUUAAGAAUACCAAAAGCUCCAUUUUAAACCCUUGCCAGGAACUCCCACCCAAGCCUACUACAUCCCAAGCAACUCAACCACUGGCUAAAGUGGUCUCAACGAAAUGUCUCCCACCAAGGUCCCCUGUGCCAGUUUCUCCCAUACCCCUCUCUUUUCCUGAAAACCCAAAGGAAGAAAUUAAGACACCAAGGACCAAAAAGAAACUUCACCGAAAAAGCAUACUACUGAAUAGACCUUUCUACACUCAAAAGCAAAACCCCUUAUCACCUUCACUUAUCGCCAGGGGCAAGUGCUCACCCACUGACCAAAAAUAGCUUCCAUACAUCUCAAUGUGAGCAAAUCUAUUCCACAAAACCCAGCAAAAAUAUGGUUCAUCAUUGAGAAACAGGUAUUAGAAACAAAAACCACCUCACCCUUACACAAUAUGAUAUGGGGUAGAACUCGUGGCGUCACUGCUGUGUCUAUAUACAGUCAAAGGCUUCCUCACUGACAUAUUUGACAAUCCUUUGUAUGUUGUACUUCAAAGAAAUGUCUCACUUAGUAAAGCAAAUUAUUCAGAAGACUUUUUUGUGAUUGUUUUUCAAUACAUUCCAGCAUCAAUAAAUGGUACAGUUAACUUAC